GCCAACGGCCCCAUCGGCUGCCAGUCCUGGCCACUCCUCCCCCGAAUCUUUCGAGGUCGAGGAGGACCCCAAUCCUAUCCCCGCAACCCAAUGGCAGAUGAUGCCAGGGCAGACUUCCCCCGGGACCUCAACCCCCGCGUCGCACACUCCGGCGCCAUUGCAGAAGCGGCGGCGCGUCACGAGGGCGUGCGACGAAUGCCGCAGGAAGAAGAUCAAGUGUGAUGGGAAGCAACCGUGUACUCAUUGUACGGUCUAUAGUUAUGAUUGUACAUACGAUCAGCCUUCGAAUCGGAGAAGGAACCCCGCACCCCAAUACAUCGAAGCUCUUGAAGCCCGCCUACAACGAGCCGAGUCGCUUCUCAAAACCGUCCUCCCGAACGUUGAUCUGAAUGACCCAAAUCUUGAUACAAUCAUUCAGCAGCAGCGUCAAGCGGGCAAUGCCAACAAAGAUUCGUCAGAAACCGCCAACUCCGGCGAGUCGAAACUCUCAGAGAAAGAUUCGCAGCUGCGCUCCAUGAUUGAAUCCACGGGUCAGCUUGAUCUUGACGAGUGCGGACACUGGGAUUUCCAUGGAGGGUCGUCUGGAGCUGUCUUUGUCAGGCGCAUGCGCGAGCAAUUUGGUGACUUGUUAGGCGGCGAUUAUCGGGCUCCCCUUCUGCCUCGACUUCCUCGAUCAAAGCCCUUGGAUCCUUUAUAUGAGUCGCCCAGGUCCUCGCUGGGUUCUCCGCUCGAGACAGGUCUCCCAAACACAAUGGGCCUUCCAUCUCGAGAGACAGCGAGGGCCUUAUGUCAGGAUUCCUUAAAUUGCGCAUGCGCUCUACUUCGUUUUAUACACCAACCUACUUUCUACGAAAUGUUCGAUAGAAUUUACGAUAUCCCACCGGAGAAUUUUGGCGACGACGAAAACCGAUAUCUCCCCCUCCUUUAUGUCAUUCUCGCUCUCGGCUGCAUGUUUCAUGCAACUCCGGCCGACAACCUAGACGAAUCAACACAAGAUUCCUACAAAGACAGCAUUAACCAAGGACUCAAGUACUUCAGAGCUGCCCGCCAAAUGAUGGAUGUUACAGAUUGUCGCGAUAUUACAUCAUUACAAGCUAUCCUCUUCAUGAUACUGUUUCUUCAGUCGUCCGCCAACCUGAGCACUUGCUAUUCAUAUAUUGGCAUUGCGUUGAGGUCAUCACUGAGAAUGGGGCUGCACCGUAAUCUUUCUGGCAAUUUCAACCCAAUAGAACGAGAAAUAAGGCGUCGGGUGUUCUGGAUCAUUCGCAAAAUGGAUACAUAUGUCUCAGCUUUGCUGGGAUUUCCCCAAAUGCUAAGCAGCGACGACAUUGACCAAGAGCUACCGAUUGAGGUUGAUGAUGAAUAUAUCACGAAGCAAGGUGUACACCCAAUGCCUCCCGGCAAAACCUCGCUAUAUGCAGCCUCAAAUGCUCAUACCCGAUUGAUGGUUAUUCUGACUAAGGUCAUCAAGUACAUCUACCCGAUCAAAGGCUUGGAGCAAUCUGUUCAGGAGCCUUCGAAGGCCUCAUACGUUAUCAGCCAUGCCAAGAUCCGGGAAAUCGAGCGAGACCUGGCCGAUUGGCUGGAUAAACUGCCCAUGGCACUUCGACCUGGGGGGGAAGGAACGCCAGAAGUACUGAGAGUUCAACAACUUCUGCGAUUGGCCUAUGCUCAUGUCCAGAUGAUGCUCUACAGACCUUUCUUACAUUACGCUUCUCAGAAGUCUUCCGCGAACAAGUCGAUCGAUGAACGGUCGUAUGCCUGUGCUGCGGCUUGCAUCAGUGUUUCCCGCAACAUCGUACAUAUCACGACUGAGAUGAAGAAACGAGGCCUCUUGAUUGGCGCAUAUUGGUUUACAAUGUAUACCACUUUCUUCGCUAUUUUGUCGUUAGUAUUCUUUGUUCUUGAGAAUCCGGAUAAAUCAGGAUCUCAAGAGAUCUUGGCAGAUGCAAAUGAUGGGAAAGACGCCCUUAGAGGUCUUGCGAAGAGAAGUCAGGCCGCAGACCGAUGUUCAAGCGCCUUAAUUCCCCUCUUUGAGAAAUUGCCUGAGAGGCUUAAGAAUGGGCGCUCUGCUGCUGCGGCUGCCAAGAAGAAGCGGUCAGCUCCUUCGCCGAACCUGCAAGGUAUACGUGGGACAGCGGACGUGCCUGAGCCAGAACCCGCACCCUUGAGCCAAAGAGCGACCACAUUCCCAGUAUUAACACCUGUCUACGAUAAUGCUCCGUUCAGAACCAACACCAUGUCAAACCCAAAUCUUAGACAAAGUUUCCAAGAACUUGUCUCUCCCACAGACCUAUCUUCCCAUGGAACUCCGGAUUCCACUAAUAGUGACCACGUUCUACAACGGCCACCAUACAAUAUGUCGCAGCCUUUCAGUCCCAACAGCGGCCUUCCAGACCUCGGUGCGAUGAUGUUCCCAUCAGGGGACCCAUUCGCUUACCCCAACCAACCGAUGACAGAAUUCGAUAAUAUCAAACAAGAAAACAUUGGUAGUAUGCAGAGCUCUCGAGCCCCACCCAUGUUUCUUUCCAACGGCACUAGUGGGCCAGGUAUCUAUGAUGACCUGGAAGGUCAACUAUUUGGUCCACUCCCGCCAUAUCUGCUGCAAGGACAGCAACCUUUUGAUAUGACAGGGCAAAUGGGUGCGGGGAGUAACGUGAUGUCUUCUGUAUUUAAUCCUCAGGAGAUGAGCUACCCCGCCAGUGCUGUGCCGGACGUCGACUUGGACUUCGACGGGAUCUUCUCGGGCUCAGGGGAUCGCGACGACUGGAACAACACGGUCACCGAUCAACGGUUUAGGUAAUGAUGCAUUGGUCGGAGUUGGAUCGGAAUAGGAGCAUCUAGGAGUUUCCCUGACGUGUAAAUGCUGUACGUAUAUAUACCUGGCUAGAUUUGAGCGGGCGUCUGGGAUGGUGAACAGGUCACUUUGAACUACAUGACUACAUGGUAUAAUGUCAAUAGAUAGCGUUGAUUUUGCUAGACUGCAAUGCACUACUAGCU